AUGAUUUUACUGUCUGGCAAUUUCUGUCAAACACUGUCAGUCAUUCCAAGAUCGACUACUGCCGAUGGAAUAAACGCUUACCUUAAAUCAUCAAAUCUGUGGCGCUAUGUGAAGAAACUUCAGCUGUCAACAAACAAAAGAAAUGCUUUGCAGAACGAUCCAUCUGCUCAAGAUUUCUCCAUGCAAUUGCUGACUAUCGGUAAUGGCCGUAUUCCUGUCAAUGAAUCGAGCGGAUUGAUUUCAUUUCCUCCGAAUUUUCGCAAUUUUGUCUCACCUAAAGACGAGCUCAUCAGAAAAGUAUUUCCAAACAUUAUUGCUCAGUGCUAACUAUAAAUAUAACGAAUGGUUGUGUGAGCGAGCUAUUUUAACGGCUAAUAAUAAAGAUGUAGAUGACUUAAACAUUGUAAUUCAGAAUCAAAUCGUUAGUACUCUGCAUUCAUUCAAAUAUAUUGACUGUUUAACAAAUGAAGAUGAAGUAAUCAACUAUCCAAGUGAAUUUUUAAACUCAUUGGAUGUGCCUGGCCUACCACUGCAUAAUUUACUACUAAAGGUGGGCUCGGUAGUCAUCAUGCUUCGAAAUCUAAACCAACCAAAACUAUGCAAUGAAAUGCGUUUGGUGGUGAGAAAACUGAUGAUCAAUAUGAUUUACGUAACG